AUGAUUCCCGUCCCUAAAGCCGACAGCCUGCAGGACCUUUUCAGCCUCAAGGGCAGAGUCGUUGUUGUUACGGGUGCCUCCGGCCCCCGCGGAAUGGGUAUUGAGGCUGCCCGCGGCUGCGCCGAGAUGGGUGCUGAUCUCGCCAUCACAUACGCCUCGCGUGCCGAGGGCGGCCAGCGCAACGCGAAGGAGCUCAGUGAAAAGUACGGCGUCAAGGUCAAGGCCUACAAGUGCGACGUGGGCAACUGGGAGAGCGUGUCCGGCUUCGUUAACGAUGUCAUCAAGGACUUCGGCAAGAUUGAUGCCUUCAUUGCCAAUGCCGGUCGCACAGCCAGCAGCGGUAUCCUCGAUGGUUCCGUGAAGGACUGGGAAGAGGUCAUUCAGACCGACUUGACCGGAACCUUCCACUGCGCCAAGGCCGUCGGCGCCCACUUCAAGGAGCGCGGCACCGGCAGCUUCGUCAUUACCUCCUCUAUGUCUGGCCACAUUGCCAACUUCCCUCAAGAACAGACCUCUUACAAUGUGGCCAAGGCUGGCUGCAUCCACAUGGCCCGUUCCCUCGCCAACGAGUGGCGCGACUUCGCCCGCGUCAACAGCAUCUCCCCCGGCUACAUCGACACUGGUUUGUCGGACUUUGUCGACCAAAAAACUCAAGACCUUUGGAACUCUAUGAUCCCCCAGGGAAGGCCAGGCCAGGCUAAGGAGCUGAAGGGAGCCUAUGUCUAUCUCUGCAGUGACGCGAGCACCUACACGACUGGAUCCGAUCUGCUCAUUGACGGAGGAUACUGCGUGCGGUAG